CUGACCUGAACAACGUCAGGUUCUCGGCGUACAGGACUGCCAUGAAACUCCGCAGGCUGCAGAAAGCCCUCUGCCUGGAUCUCCUGAGUCUGUCUGCUGCAUGUGAUGCCUUGGACCAGCACAACCUCAAACAAAACGACCAGCCGAUGGAUAUUCUGCAGAUCAUUAACUGCUUGACCACCAUUUACGAUCGACUGGAACAAGAGCACAAUAACCUGGUCAAUGUUCCUCUCUGCGUGGACAUGUGCCUCAACUGGCUGCUGAAUGUCUACGAUACGGGUCGAACAGGAAGGAUCCGUGUCUUAUCUUUCAAAACUGGUGUUGUAUCCCUUUGUAAAGCACACCUGGAAGAUAAAUAUAGAUACCUGUUCAAGCAAGUGGCAAGCUCCACCGGCUUCUGCGACCAGCGCCGGCUGGGGCUCCUGCUGCACGACUCCAUCCAGAUCCCUCGGCAGCUGGGGGAAGUGGCCUCCUUCGGGGGCAGCAAUAUCGAGCCGAGCGUCAGAAGCUGCUUCCAGUUUGUAAGUUCAUGUUUGCUCGCUGUUAAUUUUCUGAUUUGUAUUUCGUGUCGAGGUAGCCUGUCCAUUCUGAAGAGGAUUGAAAAUCUGGAAGAAGGAUUAGGGUACCGAGGUCAUUUAAUGGUGGUGUUCAUUGGUGUAUUAAACUGUUCCUUUGACGAGAUGUAUUUGAAAUAG